UACUUGAUAUUAGAGAUAUUUGUAGGUGGAGGGUGAAAAUGCCACUCCUGACUCAAAACAAACGAAUCGACCGUGUAAUAUCAACAACUGACUUGUUCUCGAAUUACUCCCAUUUAAAGGAAAAUGCCAAAACAUUUCUCUCCAAACCGCUCGUGACAGUGGAUCCAAAGUGCCUGCUGUACGUGCAGCAGAGGGAAUUUGCGGCCACAACGCCUGCAGACAGCUCCGUUUCAAUUAUUGGUUCUGAGGAUGCAACUACAUGUCACUUAGUAGUCCUGCGCCAUACAGGAAGCGGAGCGACUUGUCUGGCUCACCUGGACGGCUCGAAAACAUGGACUGAAGUUCUUCUCUUAGUUAAUGCUGUAACGGCAUUAAGCAACCCAGCCAAACCAGGCAGGUUAGAGCUUCAUCUUGUUGGGGGGUUUGAUGAUGACAACAAGAUGUCACAUAAACUCAGCUGUGAAAUUUUGGCGGAAUUUCAGAAACAAAAGGAAGAAAUUCACCUAGAAACUUGCUGUAUCACUGAUAUGAAUGAUGUUGUGACAGAUGGGAUUCAUAGACCAAUUAUCUAUGGAAUAGGUGUGAACGUUAAAACGGGUGAGGUUUUCCCAGCCGUGUUUCCUCACAGAGGACCUGCUGAGGACCUGAGGUCUGCACGUAGCUUCACAGGUGGACAGAUAGCCAAUGUGUACGACUCUAGUAAAGAGCAGCUGAAGAUCGGCCCAUGCAGGUGGCCACCUAACAUGGACAUCGCCUUCUGGCUGGACGAAGAUGAUGAAACAAUCUUACAGUGCCUUUCCACAUCUCCUUAUGCUGAGCCACCUCAUUUUGUCCAACACAUCAAGUCCACAAUCCGCUUCCUGCUGGAACACCCGAACCCUGACGCUCUAUUUCCCGGAAGCCAGCCGCAGCUCUUCCAGCGAUCAGAGCAGGGAGAGUGGGAGAGAGUCUGCCCUUAACACUGAUCUCUGCUCUUAACAAUCAACAACACUGUGACUCAACCAAAGGCCUUUACAAAAAGCGAUUACUGGCUGUACAUGUUGCUCUUCCAUGCUAAUCCAUUUAUCUGAGGGGAUGCUUGGUGGAGACUCAGAUUAGCAUAAAAGAGAAACUUCUACUUGGGGUGGAAAGAUGGGAUUUUCUUUAGUUAUGCAUCAGUUGAUGUUUUAGAGACUGUACAGAAAAAAAAUGCCUCUUUAUGGACUCCUAAAGCUGGAGUCGGACUUGUUUUCUACAGUGUACAGCGUUGUACAGUGAUGAGAAAAUUUAUUGUGACUUUAUUUCCUCUGAUAUGUAUCAUACAUAUGGCAUGAUGUGUGACUGUUGUGUGUAUCCUUCCCGAGUUAUGAAGAAAAAAAAAAAUGCUGCAUAUCCUUCAGAAAUCCUGCAAGAGUUUUUACACAUUCAAGAUAUAAUAAACAUUCAACCU